AUGGUGCUGUUGGGGGCAAACAUAAGAUCUACGCCAGUUACAACUUCUAAUUCAGAGCGUAUCAAGGUAAGUGUCCUCUACGGUUUGGACGAGAAUAGCAAAAAACCUAUUCUUGUCUUCAAGCUCUGCUCAGACGCUAAAGGUCCCGAGGUGAAGACGGAAUGCGGCCUCUGCGCUAAACUUGAUAAUGAUAAAUAUCCUUUACUACCCUUCCUUUACGUAACUAAGAAACUUAUCUCCCGUCGCGACAGUCACCUCGAAAUUCUCAACAAAGACCUCCUGCUCCCAUCGGUACUCAAAUGGUGCUUCAACGCGGCUAUCAAGGCAUCCCUCGUUGACGUCAAACUUGCUCUGCUCGCCGGAUGGAGGCACAAGCUCACAGGCGCUUACAAAUACCUGUUCAUUGUCUCGCGCGCUCACCAUCCUUGGCCCGAAGCCAGUAUGGAGAAUCAUCCCGAGUCCGGUGUUCACGAGCUCCAUUGA